AUGACGCCCUACAUGAUAUUUCUCUUGUUUAUCUGCAAUCUGGUUGCUUCGAUCAUCUCUAACCCUACUGCUCCAGAUAAUGAUGCUUCCUCCGUUAGCCAACCCUACCGAGGCGUUGACAACCAAGACCUUUGUGAGCCGAUGCCACAGUUGUUGACAGGCGACACCCGUGAAGACGAUCAACGUAGAUGUUUCGGCGACGGGGACUGCCCUAUCAACUUUCACUGCCACUUGGGAUACUGCCUUAGAAGCCCGCGCGAUAGUUUGAAAAGAGUUGUCCGUGACGAUCUUCAAGGAAAGUACUGCGUUGUAUUCCUGACCCGGGAGAUGUGGAAAGAGAAAUUAACAUCAUUACCUGCACUGCAGUGGGCAAGUGUAGCACCAGUGUCGACUGUCCUCCAGGAUACUACUGCUGGCGUGGAGGCUGCGUUCAAAUCCCACGUCCUGCUUCGGAGCCACUUCUCCGUGAAGACAGCGAUCGUCAAAGAUUCGCCCCCUGCAGAUGCGCAGCGAUGUAAGCAUGUGACCGAUUGCCCAGUUGGCAAAUGGUGCAUGGACGGAUUCUGCUGGCCAUUUGAUCAAUCGACAAAGCUAGCAGCCCGUGACGCAGACAUUGGAGAAGCCUCAGAUGAUAUGAAGACUCAGCAGAGAUGCCAUAUCCAUGUGCAAUGCGGGCCUGGUAGGCUCUGCAUCAAUGGCUGGGACCUCGCAAAUGCACGAGUGACCGAGACUGUUACCCUCGAGCGGUCUGUGUGGACGGCAGAUGCAACCAUUCCCACAGAGGCGAAGACUCGUAAUUUUGAACCUUCUGAGAGGAAGACACCUUGA